GAGAGGAAGGACCUGUCAAAGAGAAGCGACAAACGCUGAUAUACUAACCAAGGCGAACACCAAAACAAUAGUAUUAUACCUGUUGGGGAGGCGAUAUACAACCACUGGAGGAUUUUGUAUUCACUUCGUAUACUCAGCUAUAUGUAUAAUUCGCAGAUGCGUAAUCAUUAGACAAACAAAACUUUGGUUUGUUUCCCUGACGACGUUCGGUAGCUCCUUCGCUCUUAGUGCUGUUUACCAUCUCUUCUUACCAAGCGAGCUAGUUCUCGGUUUGAUCCCACCAGUUUCGUUCACAUGCUUCCAGGGACUGGCACGAAUUUCGCCUUGAAACCUUUGAUGACUCAUAAUUCGUGGUCGUGGAAUGACCUCGAUGAAAAACGAACAGGCCAUAUCUCUGAGGACCUGCUAGGAGCCAGUUCAAGAUGUGAGAGCCAUGUCCUCCCAGGGGCUUCUAACACACUCCGUCUCCCCCAGUAAGGAGCUACGCUGCUGACUGGCCGACUCAUCCCCCCCGGUCCCUUCCUACUGGACUACAGUGCACAUUUUGGCGGCCCAAACACGAUUUAUUUUCUAUGUUUUACACCAACAUCCAUGGAAUGGGUGAAUUCCCCACCUGGAUCCCAAAGUGAACAUUUGAGCUUUCUCCUUGGGAUAAGGAGCCCGUUGACGCUGAUGACGACGAUGAAGGACUUGUGUCAUGUGGUCGGCGUCCAGAGACAGCACUGAGAACCUUCCUCUGCCCUGGGGGACCGCGCCGCUAACAAGUCAGCUUCCGCCGCCGAGACCCCGCCGCCGCCCGGGUCAUGGACCGCAACAAGCGCAACUCCAUCGCCGGGUGCCCUACCAGAGCGGACCGUCACCAUGACGACAGCGAUGCCAACGCAGGGGGAGGGCCCCUGGACCCGGUCACCGGCCUGCCCUCACAGAUUGGCCGGGUGUGUCCGUCCUCCUACCGAGCCCUGAUCAGUGCCUUCUCCUGCCUCACCCGCCUGGACGACUUCAGCAGCGAGUGGAUCGGCUCAGGCUUCUUCUCCGAGGUGUACAAGGUGCGCCACCGAGCCUCCGGCCAGGUGAUGGCGCUGAAGAUGAACAAGCUAAGCAGCAACCGAGCCAACAUGCUGCGUGAGGUGCAGCUGAUGAACCGGCUCAACCACCCCAACAUCCUGCGGUUCAAGGGAGUGUGUGUUCAGGAGGGCCAGCUUCACGCUCUGACUGAGUACAUCAACGGGGGUAACCUGGAGCAGCUUCUGGACAGCAACAAGCCGCUGAGCUGGGCCUGCAGGGUGAAGAUGGCCAGCGAGAUCGCCAGCGGCGUGGGCUACCUGCACUCCAAGGGCAUCUUCCACCGCGACCUCACCUCCAAGAACUGCCUGAUAAAGAGCGAUGAGAACGGCUUCACGGCGGUGGUGGGGGACUUUGGCUUGGCUGAGAAGAUCCCCAGACCGGGUGCUGAAGGAGAGAAGCUAGCCGUGGUGGGCUCGCCCUUCUGGAUGGCCCCCGAGGUCCUGAGGGAUGAACUCUACAAUGAAAAGGCCGACGUGUUCUCCUACGGUAUCAUCCUGUGUGAGAUCAUCGCUAGGAUCCAGGCCGACCCGGACUUCCUCCCCCGCACAGAGAACUUUGGCCUAGACUAUCGUGCCUUUCAGCAUAUGGUUGGAGACUGUCCACCGGACUUCCUCCAGCUGGCCUUCAACUGCUGCAACAUGGACCCUAAACUCCGGCCGUCCUUCCCGGACAGCGUGGCCAUCCUGGAGGACCUCCUGGGGGGUCUGAAGACCGAAGAGACGGAGCGAGAGCGCCACCACGUGAGCGAGGAGAACGACAAAAAGAUCAACGCUAAAGAAGAGAAGUCCCAGGGCAUGAAGCGGCCACUGGCCCUCCACGGCGCCAAGAUCCAGCCCAAGUCCCCGCGGCCGCGCCGCAACAUCUGGCUCAGCCGCAGCCAGUCGGACAUCUUCGCCCGCAAGGCCGCCCGCAAGGUCAACGUGCACGACCCAUACUACGAGCCGCCACCCUCCCCCUCCUCCCCCGACUACCUCCCCCACCACCCCCACAAGGUCAACCCCUUCAGCGCGCGCGAGGACCUCCAGGGCGGCCGCAUCAAGUUCUUCGACGUGCCGAGCCGCUCCGUCUUCUCGCACAUGUUCGACCUCCGCUCCCCCCAGGGCAGCUCCUUCCCCCCCGCCGCCCACCCCCUGGCCGGGGCCCCGCCCGCCUUCCCCCAGCCUGAAGACCCCUACGGCUGGCAGCAGCUGCCGGGCCGGGAGUGCCGGUCGCUGCCCGCCUCUCCGCAGCUGUCCCCGGUGCAGGCCUUCCACAGUGUGGCGGGUCAAGCUAACUCUGCUAGCGCCGCCGCCGCGGUGCUAAACAGCAGCACGGCCCAGCCAUCCGCCAACAGCCCCGCAUCUAACGCAAAGGCCGACUCCCAGCUGCUUCUGGGAAAUGAAGUCCGUCAGAGAGCAGCGCUGGACGCCUGGGCCAAGAAAUACGCUGUGGACCAGAUCCCGCCGUUCCGCUCACGAAUCGCGGCGGGGACGGAGGAGGAAGAUGAGGAGGAGGGGCGGUCGAGGAAGACGUCGGCAGAGAGUGCGGGGCAGGUGGACAAUGUGUUCGGGGUUGCCUGGUCUCCCAGAAUGCCUAGCGGCCAUACAGACGGUAGGGACGCCAUGGACUGCUCCAGCAGCCGGGGGGAGGAAGAGGCGGAGCAAGGGGAGGGCGGCUGCCCCAUGAACGAACUCACGCACACGCUCACGCCGCAGGGGCCCGUGGACAACCUGCUACCGCCGCCCCCCCCCCGGGGCCCGCUUCCCCACCCCCAGGGGCCUGAGGGGAGCCCGGGGCCCCAGGACCAACAGCCUGGGCUGUGAGGACAUGGUCGCCUUUGGAGCUGGAUUUUAAAGGAACAGUGAGAGCUGAAGAGCAGGAGGGAAGCAUCCGCUUGCAUUUCAAAAGGGAGGGAGCGCCACGCUCACGUCUUCCACACGGGGACCUCUGAUGGGCCGUGGCGGGAGUCCGAGAGGAGAGUUAGUGAAGCACACCGGAUGUAGUCUGGAACCAGAUCCCCCUGGGAUCUAUAUUAACGGUGUUCAGGGUGGGACACACACGUUGGAAACAUGAUCCAUAUACUCGAGAUUAUUUUCUUCCUGAAAAAGGGGUGUGUAUAUUUAACGAGGACCGAUGUAGAUUUCUCUUGUUUCUCUUCUUAAAUGGUUUGUAUUCGGUGUGUGUGUGUGUGUGUGUGUGUGUGUGUGUGUGUGUGUGUGUGUGUGUGUGUGUGUGUGUGUGUGUGUGUGUGUGUGUGUGUGUGUGUGUGUGUGUGUGUGUGUGUGUGUGGCCUGAACCAGUCUUUGGUACUUAAUUAAUAUUGUCCUUUUUAACGUUGUUUCUUACUCAGAGAAUCUGCUUGAAAUUUAACUGAAAAAGAAACCAAACCCAAAUCACUUUAUAACUCAUCAAUAGUUAAAAAAAUAAUACAUGCAUAUAAAUGGGCUUUUAUAUGAAGAUAUUUCUUGGGCUUCAUAGAUCCAUACAUCUUUUGAUCUGUUAGAGAUGCAUGCUCCUAGAAGGUCGGAGAUCGGUUGCGACUACUCUGGUCUAUUUCCUCUAUAGCAGCUCAAGUGUGAUUGCGUUAUGUCUGGUGAGGCCUAAUGUCUAAUCUCAUGUCCCAGUAAAACCAGCCAAUGACACUUUCAGGAAACGGAACUAAAAUAACUACUGCCGAGUAGUAUUCAUUUGAUUCGUUCUUAUAUACAUUACUUUUGUCAAUCUUCAGUGGGGACAUUUUCAGGGUUAGUUUAAAUUAUUGGUUUAAUUCAAGCACUUUCAGGUCCAGAUUCUCUACUUAAGGGCUUCCUUCGAUUGGCAAUUUUCCAAUUCUGUUGACUUAUUCGAUGGGCAAACUAAUUGCACUUAAUGCCGACUGUUAAUAAUCGUAUCACUACAUUUCUAUGCAUAAAUGUAUUCAGAUGUUCUAUUUUUUUGUAUUUAUGACAAACUGUUCUAAACGUCUUACUAUGUGUAUGUGUAAAUGAUUUGUUGUUGACCUGACUUCCAUGAAUGGUGACUGAGAUGUUAAUUAGAUUAUGAACCCUUAUCUCCUGGUUUCAUGCUAGUCUGCUUUCGUUUAAAUGUAACAGAAUUCAAGUAAACCAAAGCACAGUUUAUAUUAAAGACGUGUAAGAAAUGUGUAUAAAGAAUACAUGUUUUCAAUAAAUGUUGAGCUUCUUGCUUCUAUAUUCGCCUUACUUACUUACUUACCCAUUGUCCACAAUCAUGUUUCAGCAGUUAUUAAAGCGUGACGAGGACUUAGAACAACAAAGGGCAGACUGUUUAUUAUUUAAGUCCAUCAUUUGGACAAACUGAGGCAAAAGACCAAAAUGAGGUUGAAUAACAUUUAUAUCGUGAUGUUUCCUGUUGACAUUAAAAAAGGCUUAGCAUGUAAAGAAUGUUCUCUGAAAUGAUAAACCUGAUGCAGAGAAAAUCUGUAAUGUAAUUACUCUCUCCUAAAUAAAAUAACAGGAAACGGCAAUAUGAAGUUGCCGCACUAAAUAUUAAGAUACAAAACAUUGGAGAUUUCAAACACAAAAAAUCAGACUGGAAAGAAUUGUGUAGCGGUCUAAUCGGCUUUUAGAUUCUCGUAGCAAAGACUGAUACAAAACGCCCUGUACAGGUUCUGCUACCGUCGACCGGUGCAUCACUCCCAAGAGAACAAAGGAGCAGACCCCUAAAUGAACAGACCAAACAUUAAGGUCUAAUCCCUUUUCUACCCCUUACCCGUACCCCUUGUUUUGAUGGGGUAAGGGGAAGGGCGUAAGUGGAAGGCGU